AGCCUGAGGAUAUUUGUAGUCUGGUUGGGGAGGAUUAUUUAUACGCAUACUUGGCAACAUGCGUUCAACCGGAAGCCGGAAGUUCACCCAGCGGCUGUUUGUAAGCCCGCUUUCAAACGUGUUGAUACAGAUAUUUGCUCGUGAUUUAAAGGCUCCUGAUUGGAAAAUGGCGGAGGAAGACGACGAUCCCGGUUUCGAUGAGGAGUUGGAUGAAGGCGGAAACGGUGUAGACACUGGUCACGGCAGAAGGAAGAGACUUUUCUCGAAAGAGCUUCGCUGUAUGAUGUACGGCUUCGGUGACGACCAGAAUCCGUACACGGAGUCGGUGGAUAUCCUGGAGGACCUGGUGAUCGAGUUCAUCACGGAGAUGACCCACAAAGCCAUGUCCAUCGGGCGCCAGGGCCGCGUUCAGGUCGAGGACAUCGUCUUCCUCAUUCGGAAAGACCCGAGAAAGUUUGCGAGGGUGAAGGAUCUGCUGACUAUGAACGAGGAGCUCAAGAGAGCCAGGAAAGCCUUUGAUGAGGCUAACUAUGGCUCCUGAACGGCCAUGUACAGUGUUAGAGCUGUGUUUGUCCAGCAGCUUCAUCAUACUGACUGUAAACUGAUGAAUGUGCUGCAGGGAUUUAGUUCAUGGGGAAACUUUCCUUUUUUUUGUUCUUUAAGGUAUGGUAUACUUGAAAUAUUUAGUUCAGAAGUGAUCUGCAUAAGUGUUGUUGUUUUUUUUUUAAAGUAAAUCAAAAAAGCAUGUAUGAUGUAAUAAAAGUUUGCUUUUUUGAA